UCCACAAUUUGACCGUUGAGAACCAAUAACACCCUUUGCACCAAAUCCUCUCUCUUUCUGCUUUCAGAGACAGAGAAAGAGAGAGGCCAUAACUUAAUCCAUUUCUUCCAAUUCCAUUUCACUGAAUCUUCAUUCAAGAAAAGUGAAUAAUCAAAUCAGAAGCUGAAAAUGGAGUCUCCAGAGGCCAGAAAAACAGGGUUGAACCUCCCAGCUGGGAUGUCAGGAACCUCACUGCGCUUAGACACUUUCUCUUCACUUCGUUCCAUCUCCAACCUCUCUUCUUCUCCUUCUUCAAAACCUUCCACAUGCAGUGAUAGGUUCAUACCCUGCAGGUCCUCUUCAAGGCUCCACACAUUUGGCCUCAUAGAGAAGCCAUCACCUGUCAAAGAAGGGAGUGCUCCUCCUUCUCCCAUUAGUCCCAGCAAGAACAUGCUUCGCUUCAAGACUGAUCACUCUGCACCUUCUUCCCCUUUCUCUCCUUCAAUCUUAGGCCAACAAUCUACCUUCUCUUCUGAAUCUUCAACCCCUCCCAAACCUCCUCGGAAAGUUCCCAAGACACCCCACAAGGUUCUGGAUGCCCCAUCUCUGCAAGAUGACUUUUACUUGAAUCUGGUGGACUGGUCCUCACAAAAUGUUCUUGCUGUGGGGCUAGGCACUUGUGUUUAUCUAUGGAGCGCUUCCAACAGCAGAGUGACUAAGUUAUGUGACUUGGGGCCUUAUGAUGGUGUCUGUUCUGUCCAAUGGACCCGGGAGGGUUCUUUUAUAUCGGUUGGAACAAAUCUUGGUCAAGUUCAGAUUUGGGAUGGAGCACGCUGUAAGAAGGUCAGAACAAUGGGUGGACAUCAGACAAGAACCGGUGUCUUGGCGUGGAACUCUCGCAUUUUGGCUUCAGGGAGUAGGGAUAGGAACAUACUUCAGCAUGACAUGAGGGUUUCAAGUGACUUUGUUGGCAAACUUGUUGGUCAUAAAUCUGAGGUAUGUGGAUUGAAAUGGUCCUGUGAUGAUAGGGAACUUGCUUCUGGGGGUAAUGAUAAUCAGCUGUUGGUAUGGAAUCAGCACUCUCAGCAACCGGUUUUGAGACUUACGGAGCACACUGCUGCUGUUAAGGCCAUUGCUUGGUCACCUCAUCAAAGCAGUCUCCUUGUGUCUGGAGGUGGAACAGCUGAUAGGUGUAUUCGUUUUUGGAACACUACAAAUGGCCAUCAAUUGAACAGUGUUGAUACUGGGAGCCAGGUUUGCAACCUUGCUUGGAGUAAAAAUGUGAAUGAACUAGUUAGUACUCAUGGGUACUCCCAAAAUCAGAUUAUGGUGUGGAAAUAUCCAUCAUUGGCAAAGGUUGCAACUCUAACUGGCCAUAGCAUGAGAGUGCUGUACCUAGCAAUGUCUCCUGAUGGUCAGACUAUAGUAACUGGUGCUGGGGAUGAGACAUUGCGGUUUUGGAAUAUUUUCCCAUCAAUGAAAGCACCAGCCCCAGUUAAAGAUACAGGACUCUGGUCACUGGGGCGCACCCAAAUUCGAUGAUCCCAUUACAUUUUGUUGAUGAUAUUGGAACAAGGAAGAGGAAGAAUGUUGUAAUUAAUUAUCUGUAUAUGGAAUAUUAUUUCAUUGUAAGUUUGUAAUUAAACACGGAUAUAGGAACUUAUAAAUUGUAUAGUGCUCAACAAACAUCAACGUUAAGUUUUCUAUAAUUAUAUAGUCUCUUUUUUGCUGC